GGAGUCGUCUCCUCCCGGCGCCCUGGGCACAGCCACCCAGUCAGUGCUGGUGAACUGCAACUCGGGGGGCCCUUUGAGGGAGGAUUUUGCAGAGGUUUGCAAACUUGGAAGUUGAGGUCGGCUAUUGGGAAUUGAAGGAGGAGGAGAAAGUACAGAAGCUCCUCCGGGUCCUCAUUCCUAAGAAGCAAGAGUCGCCCCUUGAUGUAUUAAGAAAAAGGGAAACCCAUGUGGGAGAAGAGCGGACGACAUCUCAAAGCAUGGCAACGAGCUCGAGCAAUGAUGUGAAGACUUCAGGGGCGGCGACAGCACCCAGUGCAGUUUUUGAGACAGUGUCCUUGAGUUCAGACUCUGUCUUCCAGAGGGCAGUUUCAAUUCUUCAUGCUUCUUACUUGGAUUCUGCAUCUGAGCAUGGUUUUCAGUACAGUCAAGUCACUUUGGUGAAAAAUCACAUUUUCUUAAAUGAGUACAAAACUUUUUACGAACAAAAAAAGGCAAGUAACUAUACUCAGGAAGAACUUCAAGAAACUUACGGGUUUCUUCUGUUUGAAACUGAAAAUCAGGCAAAGUUGGUAUGUCAGCGUGGCCUCUGUGUUGGCAGCCGUGCAAUAACCACUCUGGGUGAUCCAGCCAAAGGUGUAUACAUUUGUAAGUAUUCAGACUGUCUUCAUCCCAGACCUUGGUACGAUGGAAAAUCUGGUUAUGUUGUGAUUUUUAAUCUUAUUAAGGGAAAGGUAAAGUUUGUGCCUGAGAAUUACACAACGAACUAUACUGGGCCAUCUUCUGGCUAUGAUUGCCACGUGGCUACACAUAUUUACCAGGUUUCUCCUAAGACAAGUCAUUUUCGUGCCUUUGAACUGAGUCAGUAUUACCUCUAUGAAUUUUCGGGCAGCACUGUAACUGAGCGACCCAGACAGAUCUGUCCUUAUAUAAUUGUAGCUUUUCAAUACAGGGAACCUAAAAAGAUGGAACCUCAUAAAAGCAUAUAUGAACUCUGUGAAAAUGUUCUCCUCACUCCAUGGAAAGGGAAAUUAAUUGUUCAAGGCGAUCUGCUUUGUGAUAUAACUCUUUUGUCUGCCUACGGUACAGAGAUUCCAACUCAGCUGUAUGCCUAUAAUCGGGGCAACAUGUUUACAACUUAUUCUCAGAAGGUCCAAGGGGAAAUAAUAAGCAUAUGUGGAAAGAAAGCUGAAGGAAACGUGAUGAAAUGUAGAACAAGGGUAAAAGUUUGUCACCAAGAUAUGUGCUUCAAUUUGUAUGAGGUGGAACUAUCCAACAAACAAGGGGAAAAAAUAGAUAAACUAAUGGAGUACAUUAGAAACCAAGAAUUGGCAAUAAUCAAAUGCUUAGAAGAUCGAGGUGUUUUGAUUUUACUUACAUCAUCAGCCAUAAUGUCAGAUACAGGGUUGGAAGAUGAACAGAUGGGUCUCCGUGGGUUGCAUUUAUUCCAUCCAUCUCCAUCAGAAGGGAUGAAAGAUUCAAAAGUUGAAGAAGGCAUCUCAUCGAAGGUGACACCUAUCAUACCCACCCUCCAUUGUGCGCUGCUCGAAGCAAAGAAGUCACUUACUGAAGGAGCUCAUCUAAACACACUAAUAAAGCGCACUAUCCAAGAGCUGUGCAAGGUGGACAAAAAUCCAUCGUUGCUAGCUGCUGCUUCUCAGGAUGGAAUUAAAGAGACUACGCUCUGUGCCACACUGUCCGAUAACUUUGACUUGGUUCCUCCAGCUGAAAAGUGCCCGUUACAGUCUUUAACUCAGUUAAAGUCCUAUCUUUCAGAGCCUAGUCAUUAUAUGCUGGAAGUGUGUACUGCUUUAGAUUUAAUAGCAGAGCACCCUCAGUCCCCUUGUUUUUCCGAUGGAGUUUGUGAUGCUGGAUUUUCUCUACCUGUGACUCCAGAACCUGGUUUUCAUGACUCCGAGGCAGAAUUAAGAAAAGAGACAGAAAAGAAUUCUGAGGAUAUUUUGAAUGCAAGGAAAAGAAAUGUGGUUCCAUUAAAUUCAGCUGCAAAUCUGAGAGUUCAGCCAAAGAGGAAGGCAAGCACACCACUCGUGGUACAGAGUAAAAGGAUGAACAUGGGCUGCCCUUUUCCCAGAAGAACUACUGCUGGAGCAAACAAGGGUUCGGACUUAGCUACCACCCUUAAGUUAGCUAAAGGGCAGUUUCCUCAGAAAAGAAAAAGAGGUGCUGAAGUUCUGACUGCACAGUUCGUACCGAUAACCAAAUUGGAUAGGAAAAACCAAGAAGCUCCUGGUUCAAAAGCUGUGCCAGUGGCAACGAAUUCUAAAAGGACAAGGAAACGAGAGAUAUCUCCAGUAGAAAUUGUUCCAAACGCCAAGCCAUCAGUGAAGAAAUGUCCACCCAAAUCAAGGGUAAAUGUAGGAAAAGGCAAUCAGAAACCCAGAAGCAGAAAGCAACCACAGCCUGUCAAUAUAGAGUCAGCUUCGCAGCUUCAAUCAGAAGCUUCAUCAGCUGAUCAAGGAGACACCACGGGCAUAAAUACAGCCCAACCAGAAAAUAGCACAGUGGCUCCGAAAGAUCUUCCGGAAAACUCCACCAUUAACUACGACUCCCAGGCCCUCAAUUUGCUAGCUGAUUUGGCUUUAAGCUCUGCUACCUCUUCCACACCAUCACCAGAACCUAGAAAUGUCCCCUGCUUCUCUGAAUUGCCACAAAAUGAUACUUUGCUUUCUAAAGAAAAUUCUUUGCGUGGUACAUCUGACCAUGAAUAUCACAGAGGAGUUAAAAGUAAAAAAGGUGGACUAUUACCUAAGCCACCCACCGAUACAACAACUGACUCCAUGCCAGAUUUAGUCACUGUUCGCCGAGAGGCCGAGAGCGUGGCUCCUUGUAACCAACCCCCACCAAAAACACUAACAGCACUUUCUGAGGAAACACGAGAAACUCCAGAUGCAAGCCAGAGCUCCUGUGUGAUUGUGGAGCACUCAUAUGCCCUCCUUGGUGGAGAACGUUCAGAGAAACCUCUACAGAAAAGAGGGGUGCAUGGCAUUGCCUUUGCCAAGAAUGGAACUAAAGGCUUGGAGACAAGGACCCCCGUGGGAAAAGUAAUACCAUUUCGGCAUCAGUGCAACACCUCCCCUCUGAAAAAGGUUUUUGAUUCAUUGGUAAAGCGCAAGAAUAAAUUGAUGCCUUCCAGCCUGAGCAACUGUAAUUGCUCCCACACUGUGUUUAGCCAUAAUGAGUCAGUGAAGGUCACAUUCAAAUGUGAAGAAGAUUAUGUAUUCAACCUAGAUAGUAAAUAUACCAACAACUCACUAGAGAAAACUGUAAUAAGAGCUUUACAUGGGCCCUGGAACACUGAUUUGCCUGAUAAUGUGGAAGAAGUGAAGCUUCUACUUCAUAUGUGGGUAGCUCUGUUUUACAGCAAUCAGAACAGAGUCAUACGGUCGUCCCGGAAGGUGGUAGAGCACAGCAAUCCGGCAAAAUAUGUGUCUAUAAAUAGCACAGUGGGCGCCUUUGAAUUUAGUGAAGUUGAGGAGCCCGACGAUAUGGAAAGCUGUCCACCAGACCCUCUGCUGAAGACCAGAGAAACUUCCAAGGGUCAAGCCACCGAAAUGUCCCUAUCUGACACUAACACAUUGCUUCCUUUCAUCAAAACACCACCUAAAAGAGGCCUGGAACCCUGUGUCCAGAAUGAGCAGAAAGAACGUUUUGCAAGAGAAGGUCAUCAAGAUGGCUGGGAAAGACAGAAUCUCACCUCUUGCAGCCGCGAGGUCAUUGGGAACUCUGGACAAAAAGCAUCAGAUAAACUAGAAGCUUUUAAUGUUGUGCUCUCUAGUAUUGGAAGUACCCAAACGUGUGGACCUUCUAUUCCUGAUGAAGAUAAAACCUCUGAGCCCCUUGAUGACAUAAGAAUGACUUCUCAUAAUGCUACUGUCACACAAACCACAUUCACCAAGACUUGGGAUGGGAUCAGCAAUCAGUCAGCAACUUGUCAAAAGUCAGUGGACAGCACUCUUGAAAAUGAAGUUGAUAUUUCUCAUGCAGCUAUGCAAGUGAAAACUGGGCCUUUACAGGGUCUUGUCCAGCUUAACAGUUCCACAAACAGAGCAUGUCAGCCUUCAUUGGAAAGGAAAGAUGAUAAUAUGGGGUAUGUAAUGGUUAAUAUGGAACCAUUUACUCUCACAUUUGAACAAAAUGUACCAAUACAGACAGAAGUUGUAAAUAGAGCUGAUAAAUCUACAACCUUUAAUAUGGAGUUGAUUAAGCAAGUAUCACCUGGCACAGUUCCUAGCCAUCCUGUGUCCACAUUUGAAAAGGCCCAAACACAAGGCCUUAAGGACAUUGCAUCUAUAGCAAUGUCCGGACAAAAAAGCAAUAAGUACCUCUGUGCCUCCUCAGUAAGUAGGGAAAGAAAAUGUGCUAAGAAAAUGUGUUCAUUACAGAAAGAGAGUCCUCUUCCGUUGUCGACAUCUGAUAAUUUGGUGGUAACAAAGGCAGUAUCAUUAGUUAAAAGUUCUAGUUAUGCAUUACCCAGCGAAGAAGUGACACUCUCUCAAGACUUGCAAACUCAAAGACUCGUCAGCAUAUCUUCAGAAGAGAUUGUACAGCCAUCACAGUUUGAAGAUGUUGUCCCAACAUGCGCCUCUACUCUCUCAGGAAGAAAUCAUCCACUUAACUGUGCUCCAUCAAAUAGUAAUAUAGUAGAUGGCUCUUUAGUACUAAGGAAGAAUGAUAAUAGUCUAAACAGUGAAAGUAACAAUCUUGAGUCAUUUAAGUCAGCGUUUGCCAAACAAACCAUGAAUAGAGAAGAAGUUAGCAUAGAGUUAUCAGAGGAAGAUUCUGACAUUGACCUCACUUUAGCAUUAUCGCCAUCCACAAGUCCCAGUGAGCAAAUUCCAGCUGACGAAACAGAGCAACUUCAAGAAGCUCCAUUAUCAAGUGUAGUACUUAGAAAGAUAGCUGACAAAAUAAUUGAUCCAGGAGAGGUGACACUCAUCAGAAAUAGAGAAAUUAACUCUGAAAAUUGUACCUCAGUAUCAGAGGAGUCAUUGGAAGAUGAGAGAAAAGGUGAUGGUUUGCAAUCUGUUCCUGUAGUACUUUCUAAAGACAGUUCUACCUCGGAGUUUUCAGGUGGCAGCAAUUUCCCUUUUUCUUCCUUAAUUGAAGAAGUGUCACCACCUUCUAGUCCUGACCCGCUAGCACCAGCUGAGGAAACACUACUAUCUAGGGCUGCCGCUCCCUGUAGCUUAAAACUCCCAGAUACUCAGUGUGAGAAAAGCAACAAAGCCUCCCAGGUUGAGUCAGUCCAGUUAGUCGUAAGAGAAAAUGAAAAUUCUUUUGCUGGUCAGACCCAACCAGUGGAAGAAGAUGACUUAACUCAGGUACAACAAAUGCAGCAUUAUGCUAAAAUACCUCUAGUGUUAAAAAGUCAUCCAGGAGAAAAAGAUAGGCAUUUAACCCUUCCUGGUGAAGUAACUGAGGAAGUGGUCCAAAAUAAGUAUGAGGUUCUAUCUCUCCCAGAAAAGGUGCAGGGCUGUGAUGCAGAAUUAAAGCCGUCUGCUACAACAGCCAAAUACGGAGAUGAUGUUAAGCUAUGUCUUGAAAAACAGGUAAAAUCAAAAAGUCCAUUACAGCCGGUUAAUAUCAAGAAUAGAUAUGUGAACUUACAGCGUCUUUCCUUGGAGCCCAAGAAACCACCACCUAGUCCUAGAAUGAGUGUUGGAAAUGAGUCUUUGGCCAACACUUUUCCUUCGACAGCGGCUUCAAGUAGUGUAAUGAAUGUGCCUUUAAAACAUCUAACUAGCUCUAAAAGCAUUGAGAAAAAUCUACUUAGCAGUGAUUUGAAAACCAAUGAAGGAAAUUACUUGGAGAUCAAGUCCUUGAAUUCUGACUCAGCUGAUGGAGUUAUUACACAGGAAUAUACACACCCAGAGAUCCCAAACUGUGGUUUUCCGUCAGACAGUGCUACACUAACUCACCCUGUAAGACCAAUGAAUGUAGAGGAAAGGGUUCAAACACAGGAAAUACCCAUAGUAAAAAUGGCCAAAUUGCUUAAGAAUAAUGACACGAACGCUGAGUUUCAUAAAGAAACCAUAGACGGAGGAGCUAUUGGCGUGCAGUUUAGCGCCGCAUCAUCUUCAAAAGGUGGACCAACAAGCCAUACGCUGGAAGAUACACCAACAUAUAAAACAAAAGAUCUGUUGAAUAGUGGAUUUCCUCCCAUGUGUGCUGGGUCUAACCAAAAUGCAGCAGGCACCAGUGAAUAUACCAGUAACGAACCUCUUGCUUGCUUUAAUUCAAAAUCUCAUGACUCGCUUGUUUGUGGACUCUCUAAAGAACAAAUGGAAAAUAAGAGCACUAGUGAAGGACUUGUGACCGAGGAGGGCCCUGAAACCCAGCAAAGAGACAUGGAUCUCAUUGUAGACACCGACUUGCAUUAUGAACCACUCUCUGGAGACUCUGAUGAAGACUCUCUUGGUGCAUACAAAAGUACCAAAUCAGACCUGGAAGACUCUUGCACCUUGAGAGGUAGUCACAUCCGGAAAAGGAAAGCUGCUACUGAUGAUGCUUAUCCCUCUUCUGUGAGCCUAAUCCAUAGUGAUAAGGAAGGCUGGCGCUACUGUAACAAAAUGUCAAAGUUGGAGACCAGCGUUUCUCCCAGAAACUGGCCCAGUGGCUCCAAGAAAGAAAAGUGUGUGCCAUGUUAUAUCCAAAUCCGAGAUCUUCAUGGUAUACCCAGGACCUACACUAACUUUACUAUAAGCAAAGAGCUCAGAGACACCACGAGAACACUCCAUAGCUUGAGGAGGCACCCCAGUUUCACUGCAAAAUGUGACCUGAUCAGCUCCUGGACAAGUAGUUGGCAGAUAGCAGAUGACCUCACCCAGAACACUUUAGAUCUGGAACACCUGCGCUUUGCACAUAAGCUAAAGCAACUUUUAAAGAAUGGGGAAUCUCGGCAUCCUACCUCUAGCCCCAGUGCUUUUCUGAAGCAGUCACCUAUCCGAACAGCUGUUGGCGCUUUCCCCUUGACAAAGAUCCACGAGUCCCCCAUGCUAUUUCCUGCGUCCAAGAACAGGAGCCCCCUUCAGGUGACAAUUGUUCAUGCAGACCCUAGAUGGCUAAGCCAGCCAACGAGAAGCUAUGCGCCUUACAGUGCGGACAGUUCUCCCUCCUCCUGGAAGGAGAGAGGUACUCACAGCCGACCUCAUCUCCCAAAUCAGACUGUGUCAUUCCAUCUCAACAAAUUGAAAUACAAUAGUACUUUGAAAGACUCUCGGAAUGACAUUUCCCUGAUUCUCAAUGAAUAUGCUGAAUUCAACAAGGUGGUGAUGACUAACAGCCAAGAUAAAGAGUUAAGUGUUGCUUCUGGAGAGCCCACAUCUCGAGAGAGAGACUCCCCUUUCCCAAGGAAGUCAUCCGUUUACGAAGAUAUGGUUACAGAUUUGUGUACCAGUUUACAUGUCAAACUAAACAAUGUUGUGAAAGAGGCCUGUAAAAGUACCUUCCUAUUCUACCUUGUUGAAACUGAAGACAAGCCAUUCUUUGUAAGAACAAAGAAUAUUCUGAGGAAAGGCGGUCACACAGAAAUCGAACCUCAGCAUUUCUGUCAAACUUUUCACAGGAAGGAUGAUACACUCGUGGUCAUUAUCAAAAACGAGGAUAUAUCUUCACAUUUGCAUCAAAUCCCGUGCUUGCUGAAGCUGAAGCAUUUUCCCGGCGUCAUCUUUGCUGGAGUAGACAGUCCUGAAGAUAUUUUUGACCACACCUACCAAGAGCUCUUUCGUGCUGGAGGCUUUGUGGUAUCCGAUGACACAUUGUUGGAAACUUUAACAUUAGUUCAACUGAAGGAAUUUGUCAAAAUCCUGGAUAGACUAAACGGAAAUGGAAGAUGGAAGUGGUUGAUUCAUUACAGAGAAAAUAAAAAGCUGAAAGAAGACGGGAGAGCGGAUCCUGUGGCACAUAAAAAGAACUCCAUUGUGAAAUCCUGCCAGAGUGCAAGUAUUGUUGAAUUGCUUCCUUACCACCAUUGUGACGCUAUGCUGCCAACGACAGCAGAGCAUGUGAAGUGCCUGUUAAACCUGCAAGUUCAGCGCACUGAUGUGAGGCUGGCUGUGUUCCUGACAGACAAACCUGCUGUUUCCAGAGAGCUGUUUGAAAAUAUUGGAAUCCUGGUUACAGAUGUAAAUACCUUUAUUGAAAAUAUACCAAAAGUAGCAGCUCCAUUUAGGAGUAGCUAUUGGUAA